AUGGGCGAGGUACAACAAUUGCGUACAGAAAUCACUUCAACGUUUAAACUGAAUGGUUUUACCUUACGUCGGGAUGCAGGAACAUUUCUGGCUGAAGAGCUCCUACUGUUGCCACCCUCAGAACGUGACACAAUCCUCGAGAAGCUGUCAGCCCAUUUACUUCAUCAGUGUGUAACCCAGCCUAUAUUAGAGAAGGAACAGAUAGAAAUAGCCUUCAAAGAGUGUUCUACAGCUGGACUGGAAGAACACGAAACUGUCCUUAAUAUAAUAGAUGCAUUCACGGUGCCGAAGCUAUGUUACGACUAUGAACUGAAGAAAUUCGUGAAAGACAUCACUAACGAGAAAUGUUUACUACCAGAUCCCCGAUGGAAGUCUCGCUUCAUGAUAGACAGGUACACAGUGAUAUGGCAGAGAACACUCAGGAAUAAACUGUUCACAUUAGACAAAGUGCAUUCUUCUGAGAGUGAUAAACGUUUUCAGUUGCGUCGAGUUGAGUUUUUACUAAGUUGCUCCAGCAGAGUCAAUGAUGUAGUUGUGUUGGGGCUGCUGACACAGGUUAUUGAGAGACAGUACCAUUUGGAAGACCCUACAGGCUCAGUGUUACUUGAUAUAUCCAAUGUGAGGUACCACUCUGGCUUGUUCACAGAAGGCAGUUAUGUGUUAGCUGAGGGCUACUUCGAAGACAAGACACUACAUGUGACUGGUCUAGUGCAGCCCCCAGUGGAGAGUAGAGAAGAGUCUUCCCCAUAUUUUGGUAACCUAAAUACAUUUGGAGGAAAAUCAAGGACUUCUCUGAAGAACUCUAAAUCUCUCUUGAAAAUUGAGAAUGACAAUAGAGAUGGUGUUAUUGUAUUUGUGUCUGAUGUUUGGUUGGACAGUCCCAAAGUAAUGGACAGACUGAAGAAACUAUUUGCUGGGUUCGAUGACUUUCCUCCUAUAGCUAUUGUUCUCAUUGGUGAAUUUCUAUCAUGUCCAUACACUUAUAAGUUCCAUAUGCACCUUAAGAAUGGAUUGAAUACAUUAGCGGAUACAAUAUGUCAAUUUAGGAAUUUACGCGAUUACUGCAAGUUUGUAUUUGUACCGGGGAAGUCAGAUCCUGCUGCAGCAAAUGUUUUACCUAGACCGCCGCUACCAGAAUACAUAACAGAUACAAUACAGAGGAAGCUUGGUGACAGUGCAAUAUUUACAACAAACCCAUGUCGAAUACAAUAUUGUACACAAGAGAUUGUUGUAUUCAGAGGAUUUGGUGAUGAAAUUAUGUAG